AUGGCGCCAACAAAGAAAAACGCAAAGGCGACCAGGAAAUUCGAGAAGAAGCACCUCAAAGGUGUUAUCGACAAGCGCAAGGAGGACUCAAAAGUCAAAAAGCGAAUCCAGGCAAAAAGCAAGAAACAAACGAAGCGCUCAAAGGACGAUGAGUUUUUCAAGGGCCCCCAAAAUGACACCAAGGGCUCCAGCGACAAGAAGAAGACAGGCGCCACCGUCAGUAGCAUGAGCGUCGACGACUUCUUCAGCGGCGGCUUCGAGAUCCUCGACAAGGGCAAGGAUAGCAAGAAAGCUGGCAAGCUGGGGAAGAGGAAGCGAGGUGGUCACGAAGCGGACGAAUCCUCCGAAGAAGGCAGUGAUGCAGGAGCACCGGCAUCUGCUGAUGGCAGCGACGCUGAAUCAGACGAAGACAAUGUCGGCCUUGGAAAAGAAGACAUGGAGGCAUUGGCCAAGGACGACCCGGAGUUUUACAAAUACCUGCAGGAAAACGACCCCGAGGCAUUGGAUUUCGACGAAAACGUAGACCUGGCCGAGAUCGACGAGCUGAGCUCCGGAGAAGACGAUGACCGACCGAAGAAGAAGCAGAAGAAGGGCAAGAAGGCGGCCGAGGAAGAGUCGGACGACGAGUUCUCAUCUCGAAACGAACUUACAAAAGCGAUGAUUGCACGAUGGAAAGCAUCAAUAGAAGAGAAGAAGUCGCUGAGGGCCGCGAAACAGGUGGUUCUGGCCUUCCGGAGCGCUGCGCAUCUGAACGAGGAUGACGAGGAGAACAAGCAGAAGUUCUCCAUCACAAGCCCAGAGGUCUUCCAUGACAUUCUUGUGGUUGCGCUGAAACAGAUUCCUGAGGUGUUACAACAUCAUGUUCCCGUCAAGGAGACGGCAAGCGGCAAGGUGUAUGUCCCGACCGACUCGAAGAAGUUCAAGACCCUCUCCAUACUGGUCAAGAGCUUUACUGCAUCCGUUCUUCACCUUCUGGGUACCCUCUCAGACGACGCCACACUCAAACUUACCCUCUCUGCCCUUACACCGCUACUGCCAUACCUCCUGUCUUUCCGCAAAGUCCUGAAGAAUCUCAUCAAGACUGUUGUGCACUUCUGGUCUCAAUCCUCCAGCAGUGAAGCCACCAGAAUCACAGCAUUCCUAGUAUUAAGAAGGCUUGUGGUCAUAGGCGACAAGGGUAUCCGUGAGGCUGUUCUCAAGGUUGUAUACCAGGGUCUGAUCCAGGGCAGCCGGACGACAAAUCCCAACACCAUACAAGGCAUCAACCUGAUGAAGAACUCUGCGGCUGAGCUAUGGGGUAUUGACCAAGGUAUCGGGUACACAACUGCGUUCACCUUCAUCCGUCAACUCGCCAUCCACCUGCGCAACAGCAUCACCCACAACCAGAACGAGUCAUAUAAAGCUGUGUACAACUGGCAAUAUGUGCAUUCUCUGGACUUCUGGUCCUGUGUGCUGUCCGAACACUGCAGCAUGCUGAAGGAGGCUGAGACGGGCAAGGAGAGCCAGUUGAAGCUGCUCAUCUUCCCGCUCGUCCAAGUCACGCUGGGUGCCAUGCGCUUGAUCCCAACCGCCACUUAUUUCCCUCUGCGAUUCCAGCUCAUCCGCUCUCUCCUGCGACUCUCUCGCGCUACGAGCACAUAUAUCCCCUUGGCUUCAGCCCUGAUCGAAGUCUUGAAUUCUGCCGAGAUGAAGAAGCCCCCAAAAGCCACCACCCUCAAGGCACUGGACUUCAGCGUUCAAUACAAAGCGCCCAAGUCAUACCUGCGCACUCGUGUUUACCAGGACGGUGUCGGCGAGCAGGUCGUGGAGCUUUUCUGCGAGUACUUCGCGAUCUGGUCUACCAACAUUGCGUUCCCAGAGUUCGCACUGCCCGUUGUGGUCAUGCUUAAACGAUGGCUCAAGGAGGCCCGGGGCAACAAGAAGGGUAACAGUGGCAACAAGAACUCCAAACUGGGUUCGCAGAUUUCCCUUCUAGUGCAGAAGCUGGAGGCGAACGCCAAGUUCAUCGAGGAGAAGCGGUCCAAGAUUGAAUUUGCACCCAAGAAUAGGACGCAGGUGGACAAGUUCCUCAGCGGCUUUGACUGGGAGAAGACGCCGGUGGGCGCGUUCGCGGUGGGCCAGAGGAAGCAGAGGGAAGAGAAACGGAAAAUGUUGGAAGAGGCACGCAAGGAGGAUGACAGGAAGAGAAAGGAAGAAGAGCAGAAAAAGAUUGAGGGGAGUGAUGAUGAUGAGGAAGGCGAGAGUGAUGGAGAGGAAAGUGAGGAGGGCAGCGAGGGAGAGGAAGAGGAUGAGCUUGAGGAAGAGCUCUCUGGGGAUGAGGGAGAGUCUGAGGAUGAGGACGAGGAUGAGGAUGAGUGA